GGUAACGUGAUCUGUUUUGUUUCACGCUCAAUUUGUUCAGUCUUUCAACGGCGUUUGUUGACAUAGAUCACCUUAUAUUACCAGAUCCGCUUAUUUCAUCGUCAAAUUUACGUAUCUGUUACCCUUUGCUUUUCUUUCCGACGACCCCUUUUCUUUGGAUAUGAUCUGUGAACCUCGUGCAAACUUCACAAUAUAAGAUGGUUCGUUACUGGAGGCAUCGCGGCAAGGAAGUGUUUAAACGGCUUGAACCUCAUAUUAAUAAAUAUUUUCCUUAUCAUGAGCCGGAGCUAGACCGCGUUUCACCAAUGCAAGCGGAAAUGGCGGGGAAGAAAGUCCGAGUGCCAUUUAGUUUGGCGCUUGGUCAGAUCGUUCCAUUUGGUCAGGAUUUGUACUCAUCUCACCCAAACAUUGUGAAAGUGCGCAUACAUAAACUGUGUCUGAACAGGUUUCUGUUAAAGUAUUAUUAUCAAACGGCCACCUAUUGGGCACACACCCAAGGCAUACCCACGGCGAUCGGAGAUAUCGUUUUGGUGGAGGAGACGAAAGUCCCAGUAGCUUUUCACACAAUGUUGAAGCUUUGCAAAGUUGUCUAUCCGGCUGGCCUAAUUCAGGAUCCAAUCACCGGUCUUGUUAGCUCAGGUGCACAUUACAGCAUAGAUGACCUAAAGACCAUUCUUCGUUCACCAUUCCCCUCUGGGGAUAAAGGUGUCAAAGAGACGUAGCAAUUUACUUUUGAACAAUCACUUCUGGACUGUGUAUAUGCAUUCACUUCACAAUCUUCUUUUCCUUGUCACUCCUUAAUACAAUAUGGCGGCGAUUCCUUACCCACAAACCAGACUCACGGAGUGUUCAGCCUCACUCACCCCUUCUGAUUUCUUCCCAACACGCUCUGACUGUUGCACCCAAGUGAAAUCAGAACAGCGAUAUGGUGGUAGGAUAACUUCAGUAGCAAGCGCAAAGCGGUACACUCCACUCUUCGCAUAUGAUCAAG